AUGGCUUCCAUCAACUUUUCUUGCCCUACGACUCUCCUUUCUCGCUCCCAGGCUUCUAAAAAGGUUAGACUAUUCAAUGGACUGCAUUAUGGAAAUCUAUAUUCUAUUAAUGGUUGGCCAUUAGAGUCCUUUGAUUUGCCGAUUAUGUGGGCAGGCUUCAGCAUCAAGGCUAAUGGAAGAAUUAGUUCCGCGUUGUCAUCAGGGGAAGGUGGCCUUCUCUCCAAUUCUAGUGGCACUAAUGUUGCAAGUAAUGAUAUUAUCAGUGAUAUGUCUGGUGGAGUCAAGAUACAACCCGAUUCGGUAACUUUUGGAGCCCUUGCAGCGGAUAUGACUCCAACUACUAGUGGCUUCCCCACAGAAAAUGACGAAUUUGAUUUGGACCAGCCGUCAGAAGGUUUCUCGUCUAUUCCAGAGGCCAUUGAAGAUAUUCGCAAAGGAAAAAUGGUUGUCGUGGUAGAUGAUGAGGAUAGAGAAAACGAAGGGGAUCUGAUAUUGGCUGCGUCAAAAGUUACUCCGGAGGCUAUGGCUUUCAUUGUGAAACAUGGGACUGGAAUUGUUUGUGCCAGUAUGAAAGAAGAAGACUUGGAGAGGUUGCAGCUUCCCUUGAUGGUCACUCAAAAGGAGAACGAGGAAAAACUUUCUACUGCAUUCACCAUUUCUGUGGAUGCUAAGCAUGGUACAACUACGGGAGUCUCAGCACGUGACAGAGCGACAACAAUAUUGGCACUUGCAUCAAAAGACUCAAAGCCAGAGGAUUUCAACCGCCCAGGUCACAUUUUCCCUUUGAAGUACAGAGAGGGUGGUGUUUUAAAAAGAGCUGGGCACACAGAAGCUGCCGUGGAUCUGGCCAUGCUAGCUGGGUUAGACCCUGUUGGGGUUUUAUGUGAGAUUGUUGAUGAUGACGGUUCAAUGGCUAGAUUACCUAAGCUUCGACAAUUUGUGCAGCAAGAAAACUUAAAGAUCAUAUCCAUUGCCGACUUAAUCAGAUACAGGAGGAAACGAGAUAGGUUAGUGGAACGUGCAUCUGCUGCUCAGAUACCUACUAUGUGGGGCCCAUUUACUUCAUACUGUUACAGGUCAAUUUUAGAUGGAAUCGAGCAUAUUGCGAUGGUUAAGGGUGAUAUUGGAGAUGGACUUGAUAUCCUUGUCAGAGUACACUCAGAAUGUCUCACAGGAGAUAUAUUUGGUUCGGCCAGAUGUGAUUGUGGGAAACAGCUGGCACUUGCAAUGCAGCAGAUUGAGGCUGCUGGCCGGGGUGUCUUGGUUUACCUCCGUGGUCAUGAGGGAAGGGGAAUUGGAUUGGGUCACAAGCUUCGUGCAUACAAACUGCAAGAUGCUGGACGUGACACGGUUGAAGCAAACGAGGAGCUGGGAUUGCCCAUUGAUUCAAGAGAAUAUGGGAUUGGCGCACAGAUACUAAGAGAUAUCGGGGUUAGAACUAUGAAGCUGAUGACAAACAAUCCUGCAAAGUACAGUGGACUCAAGGGUUAUGGUUUGACUGUUGCAGGAAGGGUUCCCCUUGUGACGCCUAUCACAAAGGAUAACAAGAGAUAUCUCGAGACAAAACGUGCCAAAAUGGGCCACAUUUACGGCUUAGAAUUCAAUAAUCUUCCUGAUAUUAUGAAGAGCACGAAUGGUAAACCGAGCGCAGAGAGUCCGGCUGCUGCUGAUUCUUAA